AUGACGACUGCCCAUGCUGCAGAAGUUGUAGAUUUAAAGCAGAAACUGGAGUCAGCGGAUGAGGACAUUACUCUUGUUAACAGGCAGCUCGAGGAGGCACAAGAUGGUGCUGCUGCGGUUGAGACCCUUCAGGAUGAACUUGCCUGGGCCAAGGAGCAAGCCAGAGUGAGCAAUGCGGCUGUCAAGAAGGCAGCUGCUGAGUUAAAGGCCGAACAAGCCGCUCGGCGCCAGUGUGAGGAGAGAAUAUCUACCAUGGCACGAGAGCUGAAAGACGCCACUGCCCAAUGUGAAUUAGUCGAGAAGGAUAACAAAUCCAAGGCAGCCGAACUCAACAAGGCUUUGCAAAAGGCACGAGAGGCACGGUCCGAGUCUAGAGCAGCUCGGGAGGAGCUCCGGCAAGCUGGGGAGAUAGCGGCUGACCUCUCCUCGGUGGGUCAGAUGGAUAUUGAAGCCACCAUCGAGGAGACCGCCAAGGAUACCGCCGCCGAAGCCGACAAGGUUGCCGCCGACGAGGCCGUCAAGGAAGCACAUGAAGAGGCCGCCAAGGGAUCUGCCGGGGAGGCCAGCAAGGAGACCGGCAGCCGUACUAACGGCAUCCCUGCCUCAGGAGCGCCUGGUGCUACUUCGGUCCCGGAGUCCUCGGCUGCCUGGGAGGCGAUGUUUGACGACCAACCGUCUACCUCUGAAGCCCCCACCUCGAGCAGAUACCUGAAGAUCGGCGAGGAUCUGUUUGUCAGCAUCCCGGGGACGGCAAGCACCGGAGCGCCUACCGAGGGGGAGGUUUUUGAUGAAGAGGCCAUCACUGCCGCCGGGCUCCAGGUUGUUGACGAGCCAGGCGCCGGCAGCGGCAGUUCCAAGGAGGACCAGCUCCUCCAGGCCAUGAGCAGCAACUUCCAGAAGCUUCGGGCACUUUACCGUGCUCGCAAGGAGAAGCUGGACUCCAGGACAGCGGUCGUUGAUGCAGCAGAGGCGGGCUUCCAAGAGCGCUUCGAGGAGCAGCUGAGUCAUCGCUGGAAUGAGCUCCUCCUGAAGCAAUCAGACAUUGAGAACAAGGAUGAAGAAAUCGAGAAGCUCGUCGUGCAGCGGACCCAGGAGCUCGAGCAGAAACACAAGGAUGCACUUGCCGCUCUUGUCCUGUAUCAUGUUGGCAAGUUGAAGGAGGCCAUCGAUGCUGCUGAAGCCGCAGAGGCCGCCAAGAACGAGCUGGCUGGCAAGGUGGACGAGCUGGGGGCGGACCUGGAGAAGCAUAGCAAGGAGGUGGUGAUGCUCAAGAGCGACAGGGACAAGACUGUCCACACCUUGGCAAGCUUGCAGGACACUAUAUCUAACAAGACCAAGCUGCUCUUUGAAGCCAACGACUCCAUUGAUGAUCUGAAGCUGAAGCUGACCACCCUGGAGGAGACCCUUGCGGGCAGCAGGGCUCUUGAGAAGACCCUGGCCAAGAAACUCAAGGAUGAGGAGCUACUGCUGCCGCCGAGCACAACGACUUCAUGA